CUCCCCCUGAUGAUGAUGUAUACCCAUUAGGUACGAACAAUUGUCAGGGACUAAAAAAACCGCAGCCCUGGGAACUUGGUAGUCUGGACUUCACAUGCUAACCCAGGAAAAAGAAAGGGUCCCAAGUCACUAUCAGUAAGGCUCUGGACAUAAAAUCUAGCGAUCCACAGUGAUUGCUUGUUGCUCUAGAAGGAUUUUAUUGCAUCCCAUGAAGGAUACCUACCUCUGCGGUUGUAAAUGGAAUGCCGAGUGUAGGCAUGGCGGCACUUCCAUCAUGCCAGCAGGUGGACAAUACUCUACAUAUUCCUCCUUCAUAUUGUCGAAGUGGUUUUGAUUUCUCGCUGCUCUUUGAAGAGCUGAUCCUGGGGAUCCUACCACUGGGUAUUGUACUUGCAUUGGCACUCUUUCGACUCCGACAUCUGUAUGGAAGACCGCGCAAAGUUGUAUCUUCCUGGCUGGUAUGGGCGAAGACAGCAGCAUGGAUCGCCUUAGCGAUCGUGCACUUGAUCCUGACGGUCCUAUGGGCCCUUCCAUCGGCGUCGCGAACGGACGCCUCCGUUCCUGCGAGCGCAGUGAUGACAGUGGGAAUCCUUCUUUUGGGUCUGUUCUCAUACGCAGAACAUAACCUCUCCGUCCGGCCAUCCUUCCUCCUCAGCGUUUAUCUCGGUACGACUCUGCUAUUCGAUAUAGCGAAAACGCGAACUCUCUGGCUGCGACAUCCGGAAGACGACAAUCAAGCUAUCGCAAUCAUCAUUUCUGUAAAUGUCGGCAUCAAAGUCAUCCUCCUUCUCCUCGAGGCUACGGAGAAGCGACGCAUCCUCAAACAGGAAUACAAAGACUAUCCACCUGAAGCUCUCGCGGGAAUCUACAAUAAGUCGUUUUUCUGGUGGCUGAAUUCAUUGUUCUAUCGAGGGUUUUCCCAGGUUCUUGGGGUCGAUGAUCUGUUUGUCCUCGACAAGCAAUUAGAAUCUAGGAGACUGCAUCAGAUUUUACAGGGCGUCUGGGACGGGGACAAGGAGAAAAGCGAGAGAUCAUUAUUGUUCGCCUGCUUGAAGGCGUUCAAAUGGCAGGUGUUGGCUGUGAUUCCACCUCGAGUCAUGUUGGCUGCCCUCAACAUAUGCCAACCUCUAUUGCUGGAAAGAUCGCUAUCAUUCUCCGAACAGGCUGUGAACAAGAACACCGACAACAUCGGCUAUGGAUUAAUUGGGGCUUAUAUCCUGGUUUACACUGGCUUAGGGGUAACCAUGGGCCAAUAUCAACAUCUUACAUACCGUUCCAUUACAAUGGUUCGGGGCGCAGUUGUUUCCAUGAUCCACGAAAAGGCGUGCACUCUAAGUACCAAAGAUGCAGACCCUGCGUCUUCUGUCACAUUGAUGAGUGCAGAUAUCGAGAGAAUUGUGCAAGGAUGGCAAACGAUGCAUGAUAUCUGGGGUAACGCCCUUGAAAUUGGUCUGGCGAUCUACCUUCUCGAGAGACAGUUGGGAUUAUCUUGCGUCGUUCCUGUUGUUGUCGCUGUUGUGGCACUAGUAGGUUCGCUUAUCGGGAUGUCUUUCGUGAUGUCAAGACAAGCUAUGUGGCUUCAGGCUAUAGAAAAACGCAUCUCCUCGACAUCCUCGAUGCUUGCUUCAAUGAAAGGUAUUAAGAUGCUCGGUCUCCAAUCGGCUCUUAUGACGUGUGUCCAUAAUCUACGCCUUGAUGAGAUGAGCAUAUCCAGAAAUUUCCGGAAGCUCUUGGUCUGGAAUAUGGCUCUAGCUUGGCUUACCCGCAUAUUUGCGCCCGUCUGUGCAUUUGGUGCUUUCGUCGGAAUCUCUCACGAUCGAGGAAAUGAUGCCGCGUUGAACACAUCCGUCGUCUACACGUCACUAUCUCUGUUCUCGCUUUUAUCGGAUCCUCUCUUGUCCCUUGUUAUGGCUCUGAUGACCUACGCUGGGUCAGUCGGAUCUUUCAAGAGAAUUCAGGAUUUCCUCGAGCAAGAAGGUCAUACUGAUUUCAGAGAUAAGCCUUCCGCGCCUCCACAAUAUGCCAUCGAUGAAAAGGCACAGUUGGCCGUGGUUGAGGACACGGAAACUAGCACGAAUGAAUCCACAUCAGUCUCUUCCCGAUCAUUGAAAGAAACCUUUCCAUCUUCGUUCCAAAAUGUCGUUACUAUUCGCAAUGGUGCUUUUGGUUGGGAUGCGACAGAAGAACCGUUAUUGAAGAAUCUGACGAUCGCGAUUCCACAAGGGGGCUUCACGAUACUGAUUGGGCCCUCUGGCUGUGGAAAGUCAACACUACUGAAAGCUUUUCUUGGAGAAGUCCCAUGCUUGAAUGGAGAUAUCAAACUCUCUAUGGACAGUCUCAGCUUCUGCGAGCAGACGCCUUGGCACAUGAACGGGACAAUUCGGGACUGCAUCGUCGCAAUGUCUGGUUUCGACAGCCAAUGGUAUAACUCCGUCAUAUAUGCUUGUGCUUUGAAGGAGGAUUUUGAGCAGUUACCACGUGGCGACCAGACCGUGAUCGGAAGCAAGGGUGUUGCUCUGAGUGGGGGUCAAAGUCAGCGCAUUGCACUGGCAAGGGCAGUCUAUGCCCGGAAAGAGGUUAUCAUUCUUGACGAUGUUUUUAGCAGCCUCGAUGCAACGACUGAGGAACAUAUCUUCCAUCACCUGAUUGGGAGCCAGGGUCUCUUGCGUUCGAUUGAUUCAACGAUCAUAUUCGCAUCUUCUUCUGUGAAACGCGCUCCCUAUGCUGAUCAUAUUAUUGUCCUUGACAACAAGGGUCACGUCAUAGAGCAAGGAAGUUUUAAGGCUCUUGAUUCAGCCGGCGGUUACGUCUCAAGCUUCGCUCUCGGUCUUCCCGAAUGGGGUUACAAAGCAGACUUUUUCCCUGCAUCUGGUGUCCAAGUAGAGACGAUAGCAAAGCCAGACAAACCGGAGACUGAGAUCGAUGCUGACACCCGUGGGAAAGGUGGAGACCUAUCGAUCUACUUGUACUAUGUGCAAGCUAUUGGCUGGAUUCCAACCAUUGUUUUCAUCGUUUCAAUUGCUGGUUUUGCUUUCUGUAUAUCCUUUCCAAGCAUCUGGGUUAAAUGGUGGGCCAGCUCAAAUGAAGCGCAACCCGGCAAGCACACCGGAUAUUAUCUGGGGAUAUAUGCCAUGCUUGGUGUGAUUGGCAUGCUUUGUCUUAUGAUCGGUUGCUGGCAAAUGGUCAUCACCAUGGUGCCCAGAUCGGGUGAGGUCUUUCAUCGAAAGCUUCUGUCCACAGUCCUCAGUGCCCCGAUGUUGUUCUUCUCCAAAACCGAUAGUGGUGCCAUUCUCAAUAGAUUCAGUCAAGAUCUGCAGCUUAUUGACAUGGAACUCCCUAUCGCCGCUAUAAAUACCUUUGCGACCUUCACUCUCUGCAUAGCUCAGAUGAUCCUCAUGGCAGUUGCUUCAAAAUACGCCGCUAUCUCCUUUCCCCUUGUCAUUCUCAUCGUCUAUCUUAUACAGAAGAUGUACCUUCGUACAUCUCGGCAAUUACGAUUCUUAGAUCUCGAGGAGAAGGCACCACUUUUCUCGCACUUCACCGAUUGCCUCAGUGGUCUGGUAACCCUAAGAGCCUUUGGGUGGCAACGCGCCCUACAGGAGAAGAAUGAUACAUUGCUCGACCGUUCUCAAAGACCGUUCUAUCUUCUAUAUGCCAUUCAACGCUGGCUUACACUCAGCUUAGAUAUGGUGGUCGCAGGCAUUGCCAUCUUGCUAAUAGUGCUCGUCGUGGUGCUGAGAGGAUCCAUCAGCGCCGGAUAUGUGGGAGUGGCACUCCUGAAUGUCAUCCAAUUCAGCCAAAGUAUCAAGCUCCUGAUCACUUUCUGGACAAACCUCGAAACGCACAUUGGCUCUAUCCAACGAGUCAGGUCGUUUACAGAGGAUGUGCCCUCGGAGGAUUUGCCUACGGAAAAUGAUGAGAUACCACCGAAUUGGCCAUCGAAAGGAGGCAUCGAAUUCAAGUCUCUGUCUGCAGAGUAUAGGCCCUCUGAGCCCGUCCUCAGUGGUGUGUCUCUGUCUAUCCGGAGUGGUGAAAAGGUGGGGAUCUGCGGGAGGACUGGAAGUGGUAAAACAUCACUCAUAAUGAGCAUGUUCCGUAUGGUCGACAUCAGCUCCGGUCAGAUCCUGAUUGAUGGCCUCGACAUAGCCAGACUGCCACGUCGAGAGAUCCGUUCGCGGAUCAACGGGGUCUCUCAGAGCCCUCUUCUCAUGAAGGGCAGCGUAAGGGCAAACGCCGAUCCAACAGGCUGUUUCUCCGACGACGCCAUUGCAAAUGCUCUCAAGAGCGUCGGCUUGUACGCCAAGGUGCAAGAAAAGGGCGGCCUAGAAGCCGACAUAGACGAUCUCUUCCUCUCUCACGGACAGCAACAACUCUUCUGCCUCGCACGAGCGAUCCUCCGGCCAGGGAACAUCCUGGUUCUCGACGAAGCUACCAGCAGCGUCGACGCCAAAACCGACGAAAUCAUGCAGCGGAUCAUCCGCGAAAAGUUCAGCGGCCACACUAUCCUCACCGUCGCCCACAAACUCGACACGAUCCUGGACUACGACAAAGUCGUGGUGCUCGAUGCGGGGCGCAUAGUGGAGUGCGGAAACCCGUAUAACCUGCUCACCUCUGACAAGUCGCAUUUCAACAAGCUUUAUGCGAGCUUGAUGAUGGAUGAACCGGAGGAGUCGCCCUAAGCUAGUGGGAAUGGGCUAGCUCGGUGGCGCCAGCGGAAGCAAGGGUACCAGUACAUAUUAUAAUUCGUUUCUUAAUAUUACGUAAAUCUAGGGUCAAUUAUAGUAGUUAAUCUUGGUUCAUGCAAGUUGCAAA